GCUCAUAUUAUGAUUCAUUUGACAUAUUUAAAGAUUCUAAAGGAAAAGAAAGAUACAAAUGUCAAAAAUGUGAGAAAGAUUGUGCUAAAAAUGAAACUCAACUACAAGAACAUUAUAAUACUUGCAUUUUAGCAAAAAAUGCAGAAAAUACAAUUUUAUCUGGAACGAAAUAUCAAUAUCAAGCAACAGAUAUUUUAAAGAUUAAAUAUGCAAAAACUAUUUUAGAAAGAUGCAAAGAAAUCAUAUCAUAUUUUAAAUCGCAUCAUAUUAUUUUAGCAGCUCUUCGACGUCUUCAAGUAGAAAAGUAUGGAAAACAAAUUGCAUUAAUAUUAAUAAUUGAAACACGCUGGGAAAAUAAAGAUAAAGUUUUAUUAGAAUUUGCAGAAUAUGUUGGUAAAACGGGUGAAUUUGCAAGGCCUCAUUUAUGGGGUGCUAUAAAAGAAAACCCUCAAAAUUGGCCAUUAUCAGUAAGUGAUUUAAAAAAAUCUGGAGCCAUUAUUGAUAAAGAGAUUAGUGAAAAUAUAAUAAAUAAUGAAGAAGCUAAUACUAAGGAAAAUUUGGAGGAACAAUUCGAUAAAGAAAAUUCUGAAAAUUCUGAAAAGUAUUCUGAGAAAAAUUUUGAAGAAUAUUAUGAAAGCAAUUUUACAAGCUUGGAUGAUGAUUAUAAG